GAGAGAGAGAGAGAGUAGAGGUUAGGGCAAAAAGAGAAUGGCGCUACUUAGGCGAGGGUCGCGCGGCCUUGGGCCACCGGCGGCAUGGUGGAGAUUACGCGCGGCCAUGGCAACGGCGGCGGCCCCGGCGCCAGAGCAGGCAAGUCUCGAGGACGCAUUUGGAUACAAGAUCAAGCCCUGCUCGCUCGCGCUGCCGCCAGACUCCAUGAUCCGCUACGUGGAGCCCCAUCCGGGCGGAUUCCGGGGCCUGAUGCUCAAGGUUCUUGGAUUCUACAGCAAAGAGAGCACGCGAAUUCGUGGAGCCAAGCGGCUGUAUGCGCGGAUCACUAGCCAGGUCGAGAAUCCGGAGCUCUAUUCGAGCUUUGGACUUGAGAAGAAGUUCCGGACUGUCCACGCGAUGCUUUUGCUGCACGUGUGGAUGGUUCUUGUGAGGCUCCGGACUGAAGAGAAGGGAGAGAACAUCGGGCAGACGAUGUACGAGGUUUUCAAUCUGGAUUUGGAGCAAAGGAUUUACAAAGAAGGGGUAAAGAUGACAAUGAUAAUCACCAAGUGGCUCAAGGAACUCGAGAAGAACUUCUAUGGAGCCUCUGUAGCUUACGACAAAGCUCUAAGCGGAUCUUCCAUGAAAGAAGAUUUGGAGCGUGCUCUUUGGAGAAAUGUGUUUGCCGAAGACGACUCUCCAAUGCCAAAAUCCGGUCCUCAACUGGCUAACGUGCAGGCUUUUGCGAGAUAUGUCCGCAGGGAACUUGCGUGCUUGGUAAUAACCGAAUCCGAGGACUUUAGGACCGGCAACAUUCGUUUCUCCACAGAAUUCGAGGCUCUAAAAGAAGACCACUAAUUUCAAUAUAUAAAUCAAGGCUCGUAAACCUCUCUUCGUCCUCCAGCCUCCAGCUUUUCGAGAGCGAUCAAUGGGUGCUCCAGAAGUUCUUCCCAGCGACAGCAACGACGACAACAAGAUUGUUCUCUGCGGCUGCUAUUCCUUCUCGAUCGCCAAGAAGAAGGAUCAUGACUGUGAUCUCAAGGCUCUGAUCCAGGAGGGGAAGAAGAUGAACAAGGGAGAUCACAGCCAUGAUCUCCAGGCGAAGAACAAGCCAUCGACACCAGCGUUCCCAGCAGCACCCUCAGCGCCGAUCAUCGUUCCAUACUUCCAGUCGUCUUCCAGAUUGUUUCUCGCGUAACUUCUUCCAGCUCGAGAGAGAUCGAGCGAGUUUUCCAUCUUUGUUUCCAAUGCGGCUUCUAGAACAAUUUUGUGAGUGAGAGUGAGUUCCAAUUAAAAAAAACACAAAAAAUUCGUUUUUU